AUGCCUUUAAGUGAUGAUGUUAAUUUAAAUUUGAUUGCCAAGCAGACAGAAUUAAAUACAGGUGCAGAUUUAAAGAACUUGUGUAGAGAAUCAACGGUUAUAUCAUUACGUGAAAUGGGAACAGCGUCAAGUGUGGUAAAUAAUUAA